AUGCAAGUGGUGAAAGAGCAAAUAAUGAGAGCACUGACCACAAAGCCUAGUUCUCUGGACCAGUUCAAAAGUAAACUUCAAAACCUAAGCUACGCAGAGAUUCUGAAAAUCCGUCAGUCCGAGAGGAUGAACCAGGAAGACUUCCAGUCUCGUCCAAUUUUGGAGCUGAAGGAGAAGAUUCAGCCUGAAAUUCUAGAGCUGAUUAAGCAGCAGCGUCUGAAUCGUCUUGUUGAGGGGACCUGCUUUAGGAAACUUAACAGUCGACGACGGCAAGACAAGUUUUGGUAUUGCCGACUCUCACCCAACCACAAAGUUUUUCAUUAUGGAGACUUAGAAGAGAGUCCCCAAGGAGAAGUUCCCCAUGAUUCAUUGCAGGACAAGCUGCCUGUAGCAGAUAUAAAAGCAGUUCUGACAGGGAAGGACUGCCCUCACAUGAAGGAGAAAGGAGCCCUUAAACAAAACAAGGAGGUGCUGGAACUUGCUUUCUCUAUACUGCACGAUUCAAAUGGACAUUUGGAUUUCAUUGCUCCUGACAAGCAUGAGUACUGUGUGUGGACAGAUGGCCUCAAUGCCCUUCUUGGAAAGGAUAUGAUGAGUGAACUGACGCGCAACGACUUGGACACUCUACUCAGUAUGGAGAUUAAGCUUCGUCUCCUGGACCUGGAGAACAUACAAAUCCCUGAUGCUCCCCCACCCAUUCCGAAGGAGCCAAGCAACUAUGACUUUGUUUACGACUGUAACUAAAGCUACACGCACUGCUGAGACUUACUUUGAAACUGGAAUUAUUAUAACUGGAGAGAUCUUUGGUUGGUUUGGGGUUUUUUUUUAAAAAAAGGAAGAGAACAAGAUAUGCACAUUGGACUUCGUUUUGGGGGACCAUAAAAACACUUAUUUCUCCCCAUCACACACCUUGCUUCCUACCUUGCUCUCUAGUCCUGUCCUCCCCUCUUUGCUGGUCAAAAACAGUGCUUGCAAUUGGCCGUCAGGUGAGAUCAAAUGAACAUUCCAACUUAAGUGACACUCCUUGUUUCUAAAAUUCUGGAAUACACGUUCCAAAUUUUAAAAAGGACUCUGUGAGCAAAAAUGCUUGACCACUAAAGCAAAUUCAACAUUGCCGGUGCUCUAACUGGAAUGGAAGAAGUAAGAAAAGAGGUGAAGCCACCAUAAAGGGAGGGCGGUGAGAGACGUCUCCCCCUCCUUAGACCCAUUGCAGUGUUGGCUCAAUAGCCGGCUUCAAUGAAAAUAAAGAAGAUCAUUAACUGCUUUCAACUUCUACACUAUUGUUAUCACGACUCACCAUUACCACCAUUUCCAUUAACACCAGCAACAUCCCCCGUCUGUGCCGUGUCAAGUGACCGUUUCUUUAGGAUGGAAGCUUUUUUGGCAAUCAUUUCUAACCUCUUAAUAGCCUCGUCUCAUUGACUCCCCUCCCCGACUGAUUUCCACGCCAUGUUAUGAACCCGGUUGCUGUUUUACAUCCCUGUUGUAUAAGCACAUAUCAUUAAAACUGGUGGUUUUGGGGUGUGGUUUGGUUUUGUUCAGGCUGGGAUUGUUUUGUGUUCAGAGCAGCAGAUGCCCAUCGACACCAAAAACCGCCAUGUGUUCCAGUCCGCUCUCUAGAAAAUUGGAGGGGAGUUGCAGAUUUACCAGAGAUUUGUUUUUGUACAAAACAUUUGAAUGGGUUUAUGCCAAAAAUAUAUAUUUAAUGAAGAAGAAAAGUUAUUGUGUGUACUUUUUAAAGAAAUGGUCUGUUUCUUUGUUUUGAAUGGUCUGAGUGGUCCCCUGAUCCCUUGAUCUGGGGCAAGCAAAAAAUGC